GGCCAUUUUGUCUAGCCGGUAGGCAUAAAUGGGUUAAAAUACAAAUAAUAUUUUACACAGUGAUAAGAGAUACGUUUAUAAAAGCUGGCUGUCUCCUUUCAAACAGAAAACUAAUCAACAACUGCAAAAGUCGUUAAGACGUCAACCGACAGAGGAUCAUGAAAUUAACUUUGGUUGCAGCCAUCGCCUUUUUAACACCUUCAUGUUGUGAAGGGACUCGCCCCUACGGCAGGACUCUUACGUACAAUUGUCCUGUUAGAGACGGCCAUGUUGACUAUAGUCAGUUCAAUCCUGUUCACGAUGGACUCAGGGUUAACACCAUUACUAGUCUGGCCUUUCAGACCAAGGGUAAAAACGACGCCCACAUUCUCCUUCAGAAUAACAACAAUGACUUCGAAUACAAAGUGGUAGAGAUCGUCAUCGGUGGGUGGGGUAACACUCUGUCUGUCAUCAGAAACAAACAGCAAGGUGAAGCUUUGUGCAAAAAUGAGGGUCAUGUACUUUCUAGCUCCUCAUUGCAAUGGUUUUGGGUCUCAUGGAACGGCGGCUGUGUAAAGGUUGGCAAGGGCCCCAAUGUUGGCGGCUCUCAGAUCAUGCAGUGGUGUGGACUAAACUUCAGCAUUAACGGCAUCCGCUUCAGCUACGGCUUUGGCAGCGGAGGCACGUACUUAAUUCCUCUACCGGAAAACUCUCCGCCUCGUCACGACUCCUCCAAAACAUCCAAGUCAUCGAGGUACAGGCGUGAUACUGAAGAGAGCGAAGAGAGCGAAGACCGUCAAUAAGACAAUGUUACGAUUCAGAUAAUAAAACAAGAAGCAAGUUA